UGUGGAUAUGCAAAGUGGGGCGGAUAAAUAGAGCUACCCCUCAUCAACAUCAACGUAUCGGAGUGCUUGGCGAAAAUUGCAUUUAGCCAAAAACAAGAUGACCCAAAAUUAUUUACUUGGAAGUGGGAUGAGGAUGAUGUUGACAGCUGUUGGAGCUAGCUAGGUUCUCUAUGUAGAUAGAGGUUUGUCGUGAUGAAUUAAUCGUAAAACUUUGAUUUUUGCUCAACUCCAAACGUUGAUUGCUGAGUGUAGUCCACGAAAGUGAUUAUUUGCUCCAAAACAUACAUCACAAAAGAUUUCUCAAUAUGAAAUUCAGAAGUGGAAUGUGGUUGCCGGCGGAGGGGAAGCGAUUAGAAUAUGCUGAAGAAGUAUAUGCUAUCACCGAACGUGAGGAUGGCAAGGCAUUGAGUUUGCUUUGUCCGACAAAAAAGAUAUUUGCCAGGUCAGAUUCUUUGAAUUUGAGCACCUUGACAGUUGUAAGUUUGUCUAGCCAGUGAGUGUGAAAUCAAUAUUGAUUUUAGAAAGGAUAUAGAAGCUCCAUUUGAUGGAGUCAUAUCCGUCGAAACUACACACUUUCUAGGUGCUCGCAAUCCAGGACCUCAUUUCGAUCUUUUCCCCGCAGGAAAGCCAGAAAGUAAUCAAGUCGAAAUUGCAAAAACCGAAAAGUCUACCACCCUGAAGUCCGGAUCCUUGUCUGCGACCGUACAGACCGGCAAUCAUGACUUCGAAAUUCGAUUCCAUGCCACAGAUGGUUCGAAAGAACUUACCUCACUACUCAAUCGAAGCGUUGGCUUGGCAUAUAGUCCAGCAACCAGUAACCCGAUGCAAAUCGCUGACAUGCGGGACUUUGAACAUUAUAUCUUCACUCAAUCGACACUGUCAGUGGGCGAAUCUGUAUAUGGGUUGGGAGAGCGUUUUGGGGCUUUUAAUAGAGUCGGCCAGGCUGUUGAGCUUUGGAAUGCCGACGGAGGCACUUCUAGUGACCAAGCCUACAAGAACGUGCCAUUUUGGAUGAGUUCGAGGGGAUAUGGUAUAUUCAUUGACACCCCUGACAAGGUGGAUUUGGAAAUCGGAAGUGAGAGAUGCUGCCGAGUUCAGACUAGUGUGGAAGGCCAAAGACUGAAAUGGUACGUUACUCCCGCAACGUGUUUCCUGAAAGCCAAAUAUUGACCGUCGAAGGUACAUCAUUUAUGGUCCAACACCAAAAGAAGUUUUAACAAAGUAUUCAAUCUUGACGGGAAAGCCUGGAAAAGUACCUAGCUGGAGUUUUGGACUUUGGCUGAGCACAAGUUUCACCACAAACUACGACGAAAAGACCGUGAACUCAUUCCUCGAAGGGAUGAGUGUGCGAGAUAUUCCAGUUGAAGUCUUCCACUUUGAUUGUUUCUGGAUGAAAGCAUUCCACUGGUGUGAUUUUGAGUUCGACUCCGAAAUGUUUCCAGAUCCGAAAGCUCAAAUCUCCCGGCUGAAAGAAUCUGGUAAGUCCUGAUUUGGUUUGACGAAGAACUUUUUGCUAAAGACUAGUAGGACUUGUCAAAAAAGUUUGUGUGUGGGUGAAUCCAUAUCUGGGUCAAGCAUCUCCUGUCUUCAAAUACGCUGCGAGCAAAGGCUACCUGCUCAAGCGCAAGAACGGCGACAUUUUCCAGUGGGAUCUUUGGCAGACUGGAAUGGCCAUCAUUGAUUUUACGAACCCCGAGGCUACGGAAUGGUACGUAGGAUGCCUGAAGGGUCUGUUUGAUAAAGGGGUCGAUUCAAUUAAGACCGAUUUUGGAGAGCGCAUUCCAUCCAAGGACGUUGAAUGGUUUGAUUCGUCUCUCGACCCGAGAAAGAUGCACAACUACUAUGCGUUCUUGUACAACAAGAUUGUUUACGAGGCGUUGCAAGACCGAUACGGGAAGAAUGAAGCCGUUCUCUUCGCACGUAGUGCGACUGCCGGAACUCAGCGGUUCCCAUUGCAGUGGGGCGGUGAUUGCGAAUCAACUCCCGAAGCUAUGGCCGAAUCGGUUCGAGGAGGUCUAUCUCUAGGACUGUCCGGUUAUGCCUUUUGGUCAGUCGAUAUUGGCGGCUUUGAGGGCUACCCUCCUCCUUGGAUCUACAAACGUUGGGUUGCCUUUGGCCUUCUUUGUUCCCACAGCAGACUUCACGGCAGUAAUUCUUUCCGUGUACCAUGGACAGUAGAUGAAGACGAUAAGUCGGAUCAAGGUUGCUCCAAAGUACUCUCAAAGUGGUCAUUGUUGAAAGCAAGACUUAUGCCAUAUAUAUUCUCACAGGCUCAGGAAGCUGUCGAGCUGGGUAUACCUCUCUCACUUCGAGCUAUGUGUUUGGAAUUCCCAGAUGACCCUACAUCAUGGUAUCUUGACCGACAAUUCAUGUUUGGAGAUAGUUUACUGGUGGCCCCAAUUUUUGAAGAAUCGGGUGAUGUUGAAUUUUACCUACCAAAAGGUAAGUGGACAAACUUCUUCACCAAUGAAGUGAAGAGCGGGCCUGGCUGGUUCAAGGAAACUCAUGCUUUCGAUACCCUACCCUUAUAUGUCCGAGAAAAUACAAUUCUUGUGCUCGGAAAAUCGGGGCAAAGCAAGACUGUGUAUGACUAUUCCCAAGACGUCGAAGUUCGUCUGUACAAUACCGUCAAGGGGGCAAAGGCCAGGUUGGUAAACUCCGAGGGAACCGAUAUUGGUAUACUUGAAGUUGACGAAGAAGGAAAACUGAAGGAUCAGAAGAUCUUGACUGGUUCAUGGGAGGUGACAAAAGUUUAACAUGAUCAAAUAAUUGUGAUUACUCUGGGUGGAUGGAGAUCAUCUCUUCAUUAGCGCCGAUUGAUGCGUGUUCAUGCCCGAUAGACAUAGAGGAAACUUAUCGGAUCGCCAAGAAUUACCGCUUAGGGCACGAUAUUAAUCUCAGUUAGCCUUGAAAACUUUGACAAUGAGCAAUGUGAUCUACUUAAUAAAUUAUGCUUCGAGAUCAAGGUGCAUAUAUUGAACAUAGCGGAUGCUGUUCCCCAGACAAAGCGGGUAUAGCCGUAUCUUCAAAGCGCCGUACUUUGAGAAUGCGGACCCCCCCACCUACGGGAAGAGAUAUGCGAAGUGGCCAUGGUAAACAUAUAGGGAAGGU